UGGAGCCGAAGCUGGAGCCGGCACCGAGGCGCACGGAGCGGAGCGCCGCAGCCAAGCCGAGUGAGUGGAGGAGCCUCCCCUCAAGAAGUCAGAGCUGUGCUCGUGGGCAGGCUGGCUCCGCUGUUCUGCUCCAAGGAUUACAUGUCCUUCAAACGCCCUUGCCCCUUAGCACGAUACAACCGUACCAGCUACUUCUACCCAACCACAUUCUCCGAGAGUUCUGAGCACAGCCACCUGCUGGUGUCUCCAGUGCUGGUGGCAAGUGCUGUCAUAGGUGUGGUCAUCACCCUCUCCUGCAUCACCAUCAUUGUGGGGAGCAUCAGAAGGGACAGACAGGCCCGGAUCCAGCGACACCACCAUCGCCACCGCCGCCACCAUCACCAUCACCGUCGCCACCGCCACCGCCACCAAGAGUACGAACAAGGCCACGACUCCGGAGGACCCUCACAGGGCCACGCCAGCCACAGGAUGCCCCGCGCCUGCAGCCCUGCCGAGGACUGGCCCCCGCCCGUGGAUUUCAGUUCUGAUGGAGAUGUGGAUGUCACAGUGCUCAGGGAGCUGUACCCAGAUUCCCCACCAGGCUAUGAGGAGUGCGUGGGACCAGGGGCCACUCAGCUGUAUGUCCCCACAGAUGCACCACCACCCUACUCGCUGACCGACUCCUGUCCCAUGCUGAAUGGCACCCUUGACUCAGGCAGUGGCCACGGCCAACAUCAGCAGUGGGAGCAGCGGGCCCAGGGCCAGAGUGGCCUCCACACUGUCUCCGUGGACAUGCUGCCACCUUAUGAAGCUGUGUGUGGAGCAGGCUCCCCAUCUGAUCUGCUGCCGUUGCCGGGACCAGAACCACAGCCAAGUAACUCCCAGGGCUUACCCACCCCAACCCAGGUUCUAGCCACCAGCCCUGAGAGGGUCGUGUGAGUGACCUCGGUCCUUCCAGGCUACCGUGUCUCCUCCAGGCACACCGGUGCACACACAGCUCAUGCACGUGCUGAUAUAUGACUAUAAACACAUACGGACAUACCCCAAGGGCACACAUGACACCUCCCACACUUAUUUAAACACCUGAAUAUACACAGGUCCCACUACCACACAAACUCACCUAGGAAGGUUCUCUUGAGAUGACGUGCCCCCUAACUGGUGUCUCUUCCUCCCCAGUGUGGUGCCUGGUGGCAGCACCUCUCUGAACUGUGCUGGGCAGAGGUGAGACAGAAAGUCCUACUUUCUUCCCCCUCCCCCAGCCUCCUCUAGGCUGUGGCCACACUCUGACUCUCCUGCAGAAACUGCUUGGUCAGCUUCCUGCCACAACCCCUACCCCAGGGCUUGUCCCACUGGGAGCUGAGACAGGUUCCAACGAGGUCCCACUAUGCACCGUGCCUCUCACCUCCAGGGCAGAAGAGCCACAGUGUCAACCAUCCUGCCACCUGCAGGGUGGAUAGGAACAGGUGUGGUGGCUUAGGUCAUCCUCGAAGCCGUCGAGCCUCUCCCUGUCUCAGUAUCCUCAGUUUGGCGGUGCUAGUCGGCUCAGCCACCCACCCCAAGUCACAAGGGGAGGACAGACCCUUGGGCACGUGUCACGGAGGAGCACCACAGUUCUUCCCAUGUCCAUGACAGCACUGAGAGCUCAAGGGAGACGGGGUGCAGGUAGCCUCACCACAGUGCUGCCUAGACACCAGUCAGAGGCUCAGAAACUUCCCACUGCUCAGUAAACAGCCGGUCCUGAUAGCCUGAGUCCAAGAGGUUUCAAGUCGACCCAAGAACCAGCGCUGUCAUCCGGGGUGGCAACUGGGGACUGAGUUGAUGAAUUCUGGACUUGCCUCUCUGGGACAUAUGCAGAGACAAAAAAAUAAAAGGAAUAUGGACUCCGCCAAAAAAAAAUCACCAUGCUACUAUGAGAAGACCAGUGUCUGCUGCCAACAUGCCGUCACAGAAGCAGGUGUGUGGAGACAGCCGGUUGGAUAGGGCUCAGAUACUAGCCUGUGAGCUCCAGCAAUCUCCAUCAAAGACUACAUAAGGUGGCAGAGGUGAUCUCUGAAGACCCAGCUUGCCAAAGCUAAGCAUCUUUAAGGAAUGUCCUGCUAGCACUGCUGCUUGCAGGGAGCAAGACACCCUCCCUCCACCACUCCCUACCUUUGUCACUCAUGCCAAAGCAGCAGACCCAUUGAUUCCCCCCCCCCCAAUUUCAAUUCCUCCAACGAAGGGCUAAGAAAAUUCAGCAACCCCUUUCUUAAGCAGAGGGGUGGCAAGGACAGCUACCUUGCAUUUUAUUUUCUAUAGAAAUAGCAUUUAUUCUAAUGCAGAGCUGAAAGGGACCCCACCCACAGGUUCUGUGGCACCCUGCAAGCACCCUAGAGUCACAGGCUCCGCCUUGGGGAGGAAACCUGGUUUACAAGCAGUUUGGCCACCUUUGUGGUGUUCUGCGUUCUAGACAAAAAAACGUCUGUCUGCUGUACUGUAUAGCCUUUAAAAUGCAGCCCAGGGAUGAGAAACACAGCCUAUUUCUAUAGCUCUGGAAAGUGCUAGGGGAGAAAAACAUCCCUGCCUGCUCAUCAUGUUGGAGGGAUCUACAGAACAGCUUUUCUCCUCCCUAGACUAGGCUGAGUAAGCAGCAAUGUAUCUUUUUUGUAUUCAAAAUAAAUACAUCAUACCAAACAAA